AUGUCUUCCAUGAUGUUCCUUAACCGGGCUGGUGCCCAGGGUCUUCGCACCGCUGCUCGAACCCAGCAGCUGCGAACUGCUGCGACUCUGGCUUCUUUCAAGACCCCCAAGGUCUUCAACGAGCCCAACCAGCACUACGCCAAGGGCAGUGAGCAGCGACAGGGUCUGACCGCCGCCAUUGAGAAGCUCCAGAAGCAGCUUCCCAUCGAGGUUCCCGUCGUUGUUGGCGGCAAGCAGAUCAAGGCUUCUGCCCUCUCUAAGCAGCAGAACCCUGCCGACCAUGCCACCACCGUCGCCUCUUACCACACUGCCACCACUGCCGAUGUCUCGGCCGCCAUUGACGCUGCUCUGGCUGCCAAGCCCGCUUGGGAGGCCCUUCCCUUCGCCGACCGAGCUGCUGUCUUCCUCAAGGCUGCUGACCUGAUCUCCACCAAGUACCGCUACGACAUCAUGGCCGCUACCAUGCUCGGCCAGGGCAAGAACGCUUGGCAAGCUGAGAUCGAUGCUGCCGCUGAGCUGGCUGACUUUCUCCGCUUCAACGUCCACUACGCUGAGCAGCUCUACAGCAUCCAGCCUGAGCACCACUCUCCCGGUGUCUGGAACCGUCUCGAGUACCGUGCCCUUGAGGGUUUCGUCUACGCUGUCAGCCCCUUCAACUUCACUGCCAUCGCCGGUAACCUGCCCGGUGCCCCUGCUCUUCUCGGUAACGUCGUUGUCUGGAAGCCCAGUGACUUCGCCAUUGCCUCUAACUGGCUCGUCUACCAAAUCCUGAUCGAGGCUGGUCUCCCCAAGGACGUUAUCCAGUUCGUCCCUGGUAACCCCGUCGACAUCACCAAGGUUGUUCUCGAGCACCGGGAGUUCGCUGCCCUCCACUACACUGGCAGCACCAGCGUCUUCCGUCAGCUCUACGGCACCAUCGGCCAGGGUAUUGCUGAGGGCCGAUACCGCGGCUACCCCCGUGUCGUUGGUGAGACUGGUGGCAAGAACUUCCACUUGAUCGACCCUACUGCUGAGAUUGACAACGCUGUUAAGCAGACUGUCCGUGGUGCUUUCGAGUUCCAGGGCCAGAAGUGCAGUGCCACCUCUCGCUGCUAUGUCCCCAAGUCCAUGUGGCCCGAGUUCAAGGAGAAGCUGAUUGCUGAGGUUGAGGCCAUCAAGAUCGGCAACCCUACUGAGCACCAUAACUUCAUGGGUCCCGUCAUCCACGAGGCUUCCUUCAAGAAGCUCUCUGGUGCUAUCGACGAGGCCAAGAACGACAAGGACCUUGAGCUCGUUGUUGGUGGCAAGUACGACUCUUCUAAAGGUUACUAUGUCCACCCUACCAUCUACGCCACCACCAACCCCAACCACAAGUUCUUCUCUACCGAGUUCUUCGGUCCUAUCCUCACCACCUACAUUUACGAUGACGCCGCCCCUAACGCCAUUGCCGAUGUUUGCAAGCUCAUCGAGACCACCUCUGAUUACGGUCUGACUGGUGCUGUCUUCGCUGCUGACCGUGAGGCUUCUCGCUUCGCUGAGGAGCACCUCCGCAACGCCGCUGGUAACUUCUACGUCAACUGCAAGAGUACUGGUGCCGUUGUCGGCCAGCAGCCCUUCGGUGGCUCUCGUGCCUCCGGUACCAACGACAAGGCUGGUAGCCAGAACCUCCUGACUCGCUUCGUCAAUGUUCGCGCCAUCAAGGAGGAGUUCACUCCUACCACCAAGGUCACCUACCCCAGCAACGAGGUCUAA